CCGCCCCUGCCCCACGCGUAACAGAGCCAGGAGCCCGACUACCAAGGGCGUGUCACCGCCGAGGGAGCGGGGAGCGCGGCGGCGUGGCAGAAGAAGAAACAACAGGGGACGGGCCUUGAAAGAUCAGGAACACAUGGGCCGGCGGGAAUGGCGCCGACAGCAGCCUCCGCACUGAGGCACACGGCGUUACCUUCGCCCCAAUGGCCGCCUCUAACAUCUGGGCGGCCCUGCCAGGCAAGCCGCCACUGCGCAGGUGCGCCCGAGGACCAGCAGGUGGGCGGGACCACAAGACCGAAGUGCCCUUUUCUACCGACCAGUCCGGAAAUCCAGCUGGCCGGAAGUGCCUGGCGUUCUUGCCUCCAGGCGGAACCUCAGGUUGCUCGGCAACCGGUGCGGGCGCGACUGACUCGCUCCAGGUUCCCGGGAGAAACCCUAGGGUACCAGUGACCUACUGCUGGGGCACCCUCGCGUCCCGCCCGCUUCCCCGAGAUCCGCGUCUUCUCAGGUCUCAUCAUCCCUGCCCUUGGCACUACUUACACGUCUCCAGCUACGAGGACUCCUUAGCCCCCACCUGCUUCAGAGCCCACCUUCACCGAAGGGGGCGCGGUUCGACCCCCAACAUGGCGUCGGCGAUGACAGACCGUAACCCUCGCGCGGCAGAGGCCUCAGGCACCUACACCUACACCAGCAGGCCCCGUGCCGUGGCUUGCCAGCGCCGCCGCUACCGCGACAGCAUUUUGCAGCCAGUUGAAGAAUCUAUGAAUUAUGGGAACAUCAUGUAUGACAGAAGGGUGAUCCGAGGCAACACCUAUGCAUUGCCCACAGGACAGGUGCCUGGACAGCCGGACCCUCUAGAGCUUCAGCAGCAGCAGCAGGCCAGGAGAAGGGCUCUUGCCAGAAAACGAGCCCAACAGCAACUCAGACCACGGACACCUGAGCCCGUGGAGGGCAGAAAGCAUGUGGAUGUGCAGACAGAAUUAUACCUUGAAGAAAUUGCUGACCGCAUAAUUGAAAUUGACAUGGAAUGCCAGACAGAUGCAUUUCUGGACAGACCACCAACACCCCUCUUCAUUCCUGCCAAAACUGGCAAAGAUGUGGCCACUCAGAUACUAGAAGGAGAGCUCUUUGACUUUGACCUUGAAGUCAAGCCAAUGUUAGAGGUUCUGGUGGGGAAGACGAUUGAGCAGGCCCUUUUAGAGGUGAUGGAAGAGGAGGAGCUGGCCAACCUGCGGGCCAGUCAGUACGCAUAUGAAGAGAUCCGGAACGUGGAGCUGGCCGAAGUGCAGCGACUGGAAGAGCAAGAGAGAAGGCACCGAGAAGAAAAGGAACGCCGUAAGAAACAGCAGUGGGAGAUCGUACAUAAGCAGAAUGAGACGUCACAAAAGAUCUCAGCUCGUGCAUUUGCUCAGCGGUACCUGGCUGACCUUCUCCCGUCUGUCUUUGACAGUCUCAGGAAUAGUGGCUAUUUUUAUGAUCCAAUUGAAAGAGAUAUUGAGGUCGGAUUCCUGCCAUGGCUGCUGAAUGAAGUUGAGAAGACCAUGGAGCACAGCAUGGUGGGAAGAACUGUGCUUGACAUGUUGAUCCGUGAAGUGGUUGAAAGAAGGAUAAACGAUUAUGAGAGUAAGGCAGCUGCACAGCCCGCUCAGAGGUCGGAUGAUGUGCCUAUCGACCCUAACACAGUGACAGAGCCCUCGGUGAGUCUAGAAUCACAGCAGCCAACCACACUCCAUACCCAGGAGCCAGUUUUAGACACAUACUCCUCACAGACAGCACCAGGCCAAGAGAAGAAGCCUGAGGAAGAGGGGUCUUCCUCAUGGCAGAAUGACCAGACCGAGCUGAGGGGGCCUGUAGGAGAGGAGUUGUCACAACCAGAAGGAUCACUGGAGCCAGAGAGCAGCUCGACAUCUGGUCAGUAGUAAUGGGGUCUAAUUUGUUCCAAAGCCAAGCUUCACCCACGCUGUCAAGAAGAUUUAGCCGCAGCCUUAGAAACCAUUGGCUCACUUUUAAUGGGGGGCGGAGACUGAAAACGUGAAGGGUUUUCUUUUUCU